AACCUUUGGAGAGGACGAGUAAAGGAAGAAGUGUUCGUCUCUCUCAUUGUCGGAAGACUAACAGGAAACGGGACGUUACUAUGCAGGGUGGAGAUGCCUGGAACAAUCCUGGCCAACGAGAACAAGAUUUAUAUCAUAGAUGAGUUCAGUCCUCUGAAGGCGGGACUCAGCUGGUGUUUCCUCUGGAUGCUGGCAGCAUUUGUGUUUGUCGGUUGUGUCUUCCUCGUCUUUGUUGUUGACCCGUUGACACCGAAGAAGCUGCGAUCAACGCUGCAGAGUUGGUAUCAGGCAUUGCUUUCCAUCAAGCAGAGAAGAGAACAAGAACAAGGCCUACCUCUUGUAGGUAACAACAGCUACACAGAUUACGGGGACAUCAGCAGGGUCGACACAACGGGAGCCUCUGAAGACACAAUAAAAGCAAACAAGCUGCCAGGUGAACGUCUGACCGGAGUUGAAGCCUCCCACAUGAUGGCAGAGAGAGACCUGGAGGAGAUGCUGAAGUACAAAAGUAUAAUCAAAGAAGUAGGAGAGACACUCCACAUCCACCCGGCCCUGAUUGCUGGCAUCAUCUCCAGACAGUCUCAGGCUGGAACCAGACUAGAUCUAAACGGCUACGGGUUGUCUGACCCGAACUGCUUCGGCCUCAUGCAGAUCAAUCGUCAUUACCACGCAGUGAAAGGAGAGCCGUGUAGCAAGGACCACGUUGACCAAGGCGUCACCUUCCUGAUCCAGCUCAUCAAGACCAUGUUGAGGACGAAGCCGCUCUGGAGCCCAGAACAGCAACUCAAAGGAGCGUUGGCGUGUUACAUAGCAGGCGAGGACAAAGUCAUUCCUCUGGAGAGAUACGAAGACUUGGACAGCGUGACGCCAUACCGCGACUUCUCCAACGAUGUGGUGGCCAGAGCACAGUGGUUCGCCAGCAGACAACACUUCUGAGUGUCAGAUCAGUUCCUUUAUUUCAUUUCCUUUUUGUUUGUGUUUAACUCAUAGACUGUAUAUAAGAAAUGGACGUAACAUCCGUGACGUCACCCAUUGGUUUGUGGACUGCUGCUCGGAGGCCAAUAGUAUCGGAUCUGAGCAGCUCCAUCUUGAAAAUUUCAGGUGCAUGCCGGG